UACAAACCAAAUUAAAAAAAAAAAAAAAAAAACUUUAGGAAAUCAAAUGAAGAGAGAGAAGAUGGCUUGUGUUUACCCAGGACAGCUUCUCUUGUUGUGUCUGAUACUGAGCGUGGUUCCAAUAGCAGUUUCCGCAGGCAAUGACGCAGCACCCCUGACCAACCAUGGGGGACGCUUGCUGACUGGAAAGUUGAACGUUGGCAUCUUAUGGUACGGCCCAAUUCCAAAGGCCCAAAAGAAAGCGAUUUUGUCCUUCUUCAGGUCCCUGAACAUGAACACCCCUGCCCCUGAUGCUGCUAAGCAACCCCAAGUCUCAUCAUGGUGGAACAUUGUGGAGAGCUAUGGAGCUGCAUCUGGCAAUAAUAAUAAUAUCCCGGUGAAGGUGGUAAACCAAGUUUUCGAUCCAAACUACUCUUAUGGGAAAGUCUUGAUCAAAGAUUUCAUUAAGCCCCUCCUUCCUAAGGCCACUGGUGGAAACAAAAAUACCCUCGCUCUCAUCAUAGCCUCCAAGGGCGUGACAGUGCAAGAUAUGUGUGCCGGAUCAUGCGCCCAACACGGUCUUAUUGAAAACCAACCUUAUGUUGCAGUGGGGAACCCAGAGGAGGAGUGUCCCGCAUGUGCAUGGCCAUUCCUGCCGAGCAAGGGCAAGACAGGUGCAAUAAUGAAACCGCCAAACGGGAAUGUUGGAGCAGAUGCCAUGGUCAAGUUGUUGGCUGGUGGUUUGGCCGGAGCAGUCACCAACCCAUUCGGAGAUGGCUUCUUCGCAAAUGCACACGGAGGCGAUAUCUUGGAAGCAACUAGCAAGUGUCCUGAUGAUCUUUUUGCAACAACCAAGGUAUCCGUGGAUCUUAAAACUGGUGGAGCCUUUAAUGCUGUUGGUGACAAGGGUACCAAGUUCUUGCUCCCUGCUAUUUGGAACCCAAAAACUUCUUCCUGCUGGACUCCCCUGUAAAACAUCUCGUUUCUUAAUUACUUUUCUAUCAUAUGUAUAUAUAUCUACUGUUCUCAUAGUCAGUUUUGAUGAUAUAUAUAAACACUAAUAUUUUUUGGACACUUCAUUCUGCAAAUACUAUUGUGAUCGAGUUUGUGUCAAUAAACUAUAUCUAUUCUUAUCA